UGUGCGUAUUGAGAGUGAAAGGACUAAAUAAAAGGCAGAGGUUUAGUAGUAGUAGUAGUAAGCAAGAAAGAACAUGAAGAUAACAAUGGGGGCAAACUCUGCCCUUUUAUGUCUCCUUUCAGUUCUUUUUAUGUUAUUGCUUAGUCCCACAUUUGCCAUUAAAAAGUCAUAUGUGGUGUAUAUGGGUGCACAUUCACAUGGAAAAGAAGUUUCAUCCAUUGAUUAUGAUAGAGUAAGAGAUUCACAUCAUGAGUUUCUUGGAUCAUACUUGGGAAGCACUGACAAGGCAAAAGAAGCAAUUUUCUACUCUUACACUAAACACAUCAAUGGCUUUUCUGCCAUGCUUGAAGAUGAUGAAGCAGUAGAAAUUUCAAAGCAUCCCCAAGUAGUAUCAGUAUUUCUAAACAGGGGAAGAAAACUACACACAACAAGAUCAUGGAGCUUUUUGGGAUUGGAGAAUGAUGGAGUUAUACAUCCAAGUUCAUUAUGGAAGAAGGCAAGAUUUGGAGAAGAUACAAUUAUUGGCAAUCUUGAUACUGGUGCCUGGCCUGAAUCAGAAAGCUUUAUUGAUGAAGAACUGGGACCAAUUCCAUCAAAGUGGAGAGGGAUUUGCCAAAAUGAUUCUGAUCACACCUUUCAGUGCAAUAGGAAGCUAAUUGGAGCGAGGUACUUCAACAAAGGAUACGCGACUCUAGCAGGAUCUCUAAAUUCAAGUUUCAACACACCACGAGACACGGAUGGACAUGGUUCCCACACGUUAUCCACAGCCGGUGGAAAUUUUGUUCAGGGAGCAAGUGUUUUCGGGUAUGGAAAUGGAACAGCAAAGGGGGGAUCACCAAAAGCAAGAGUAGCAGCUUACAGAGUUUGUUGGCCUCCAAUUUUGGGCAAUGAGUGCUUUGAUUCAGAUAUCUUAGCUGCUUUUGAUAUGGCAAUUCAUGAUGGCGUGGACGUGCUUUCGGUAUCACUUGGAGGAGAUGCUGGAGCAUAUGUUAAUGACAGUGUUGCUAUUGGUUCAUUUCAUGCUGUUAAGCAUGGCAUUGUUGUAGUCACCUCUGCUGGUAACUCUGGUCCUGGUCCUGGUACAGUAUCAAAUGUUGCACCGUGGCUCAUAACCGUUGGAGCGAGCACUAUGGAUCGUCAGUUUCCCAGCUAUAUCAUCCUAGGAAACAAAAAGCAGUACAAAGGAGAAAGUCUUUCUGUUGAAACACUGCCCAAAGGCAAGUUCUUCCCAAUUAUUAGUGCUGCUUCAGCAAAAGCUCCCCAUGCUUCAACUGACGAUGCUCAGUUAUGCAAAGCUGGGGCAUUGGACCCUAAGAAGGUAAAGGGAACUAUUUUAGUUUGCCUAAGAGGAGAUAAUGCAAGGGUUGACAAGGGACAGCAAGCUGCUUUGGCUGGUGCAGUUGGAAUGGUUCUAGCCAACGAUUAUGCAUCUGGCAAUGAAAUUAUUGCUGAUCCUCACGUCUUACCUGCUACGCAAAUUAGUUACACUGAUGGACUUGAACUCUUCGCUUAUGUUAAUUCAACAAGUACACCUACAGCUUCCAUUACACAUCCAACAACUCAAAUGGGAACAAAGCCAGCUCCGGUCAUGGCAGCCUUUUCAUCGAUAGGACCUAACACUGUUACACCAGAGAUCCUUAAGCCUGAUAUCACUGCUCCAGGAGUGAGUAUAAUCGCUGCCUAUACUGGCGCUGAAGGUCCAACAAAUCAAGAUUUUGAUAAACGUCGGGUUAAAUUUAACUCAGUUUCAGGCACUUCUAUGUCAUGUCCUCAUGUUUCUGGUAUUGUUGGUCUUCUGAAAACCCUUUACCCUACUUGGAGUCCUUCUGCUAUUAAAUCAGCAAUUAUGACCACUGCGAGAACACGAGAUAAUGCUAUAGAGCCAAUGUUGAAUGCUAGUCACAUCAAAACAAGUCCGUUUGCUUAUGGAGCAGGGCAUGUACGGCCAAACCGUGCCAUGGAUCCUGGUUUGGUGUAUGACUUGACUAUCGAUGAUUAUUUGAGCUUUCUCUGCGCUCAAGGCUACAAUGAAACUCAAAUCAAGACAUUUACACAAGGCCCUUUCAAAUGCCCUGAGCCAGUUAAUUUCAUUGACAUGAACUUACCCUCAAUCACAGUGCCUAAUCUCAAUGGUUCGGUUACUGUUACUAGAACUUUGAAGAAUGUUGGAUCUCCAGGUACAUACAAAGCUCGUAUUCGUCGCCCCAUUGGAAUUUCAGCUGUUGUUGAGCCAAAUAGUCUUGAGUUCAAGAAUAUUGGUGAGGAGAAAUCAUUCAAGCUUACUCUGAAGGUUAAAGGAACUAAAGGUCCAAAAGAUUAUGUAUUUGGCCAGUUAAUUUGGUCAGACAGUAAGCACUAUGUUAGAAGUCCCAUUGUAGUAAAAUCCACAUAGUUAGGUUCUUUAGAUUGUUACAAGUAAUUAGUUUAGUGGUAAGUUAAUCACUGAAUUAUUUCUCCUGUCCAGCAAAAAGAAAGAAGGUAAUGUGUAGCUCUUAAUGGAAAAUUUAUUAGUUACAGUUCAAUGUUAUUUGAAGAUAUCCAAUUGUCAAUUGUGAAAUGUUGACUGAGAAACAACACGUGAUGAAUUCUUAGCUGUGAAACUAGUAACACUGUUUAUUGUCA